UCAGCCCCAGUGUCUAGAUGGGGGAUAGACAAACAGCAGCAGAUUAUCCCAUGAUGGACGCUUGACUCGUUGAUCUCGAAAAGUAAAAGCAAUCAGUGUUGAGUAGACCGCCGUGGAGGCAGAGGUCCUCCCAUGUGAUGUGACCGAGGCCUGACGGACUGUGCCUGUCUGUUAUGGCUCCUCCUGCUUCAGUAGAACGGGGCAAGACGUAACACCAGUGCGGGGGAACGGGAAUAACACACCGCGAUACGAUUUACAGGAGCCGCGGCGGAAGAUGGCAGAUCGUGCAGCGCUGAAGAAAAAGACUUAGAUGAUGUGCUUCGAGUCGCCUCUUCUGCUGUGAAGGCUUCGACAUUUCCUCAAGAUUAACAACACCCCAAAUGAACUCCGUCAGAGCAAGCAACGUUAGCAGAAGACCUAGGCGAGUCUCGAGGCCGCGCCCGGUGCAGCCGGAGAGGAACCACCAGGAAAGAGAUGAGGACGUUCCUGCAGAUAUGGUCGCAGAAGAAUCCGGUCCAGGAGCUCAGAACAGUCCCUACCAACUUAGAAGAAAGUCUCUACCCAAGAGAACAGUGUGUCCUACAAAGACAAACAUGGAGGGUGCUUCCACUUCAACCACAGAAAACUUUGGACACCGACCUAAGCGCCCCAGAGUGUCUGGGAAAUGUCAGGAUUUACCAGCAGCUCCAGCAGAGCAGUAUUUGCAGGAGAAGCUUCCAGACGAGGUGGUGCUAAAGAUCUUCUCGUACCUGCUGGAGCAGGACUUGUGUCGUGCAGCGUGUGUGUGCAAGCGCUUCAGUGAACUGGCCAAUGACCCCAUCCUCUGGAAGAGGCUGUACAUGGAAGUGUUUGAAUACACGCGACCCAUGAUGCACCCCGAGGCAGGGAAGUUCUACCAGAUAAACCCAGAGGAGUACGAGCAGCCAAACCCAUGGAAGGAAAGUUUUCAGCAGCUGUAUAAAGGAGCACAUGUUAAGCCGGGCUUUGCAGAACACUUCUACAGUAAUCCUGCCAGAUACAAAGGGAGAGAUAACAUGUUUUACUAUGACACCAUUGAGGAUGCUCUCGGAGGGGGUCAGGAGCCUCACUUUGACGGCCUGAUAUUCGUCCACUCUGGUAUUUACACAGACGAAUGGAUCUACAUUGAGUCGCCUAUCACAAUGAUCGGAGCUGCUCCUGGAAAAGUAGCCGAAAAAGUCAUCAUUGAGAACACCAGAGACUCAACAUUUGUAUUCAUGGAAGGCUCAGAAGACGCUUACGUUGGAUACAUGACCAUCAGGUUCAAUCCUGAUGAUAAAUCCGCCCAGCACCACAAUGCACACCACUGCUUGGAGAUUACAGUCAACUGCAGCCCCAUCAUCGACCACUGCAUCAUACGUAGCACGUGCACAGUGGGGUCUGCUGUCUGUGUAAGUGGCCAGGGUGCUUGUCCCACGAUCAAGCACUGCAACAUUAGCGACUGUGAAAACGUUGGUCUUUACAUCACUGACCAUGCACAGGGAAUAUACGAAGACAACGAGAUCUCAAACAACGCUCUGGCUGGGAUCUGGGUGAAAAACCAUGGCAACCCAAUCAUCAGACGUAAUCACAUCCAUCAUGGCAGAGACGUGGGUGUUUUUACGUUUGACCACGGGAUGGGUUACUUUGAGAGCUGUAACAUCCAUAGAAACCGUAUUGCCGGCUUUGAGGUGAAGGCGUAUGCCAAUCCCACUGUGGUCCGUUGCGAGAUCCAUCAUGGACAGACGGGGGGCAUCUACGUGCACGAAAAGGGCCGCGGCCAGUUCAUCGAAAACAAGAUCUAUGCAAAUAACUUUGCUGGGGUGUGGAUCACCUCCAACAGCGACCCCACAAUAAGGGGCAAUGCCAUUUUCAAUGGCAACCAAGGUGGCGUUUAUAUUUUUGGUGAUGGCCGAGGUCUCAUUGAAGGAAACGACAUCUACGGUAACGCCCUGGCAGGAAUCCAGAUCAGGACGAACAGCUGCCCUAUCGUCAGACACAACAAGAUCCACGAUGGACAGCAUGGCGGCAUCUAUGUGCAUGAAAAAGGACAAGGCGUCAUAGAGGAGAACGAGGUGUACAGCAACACGCUGGCAGGAGUGUGGGUGACAACGGGCAGUACGCCAGUGCUGAGGAGGAACAGGAUACACAGCGGGAAGCAGGUUGGGGUCUACUUCUAUGACAAUGGCCAUGGUGUGUUGGAAGACAACGACAUCUACAAUCACAUGUACUCUGGAGUUCAAAUAAGGACUGGCAGCAAUCCCAAGAUCAGGCGGAACAAGAUCUGGGGAGGCCAGAAUGGAGGCAUUUUGGUUUACAACUCAGGCUUAGGCUUCAUCGAGGACAAUGAGAUCUUUGACAAUGCUAUGGCGGGAGUGUGGAUCAAGACGGACAGCAACCCCACCCUGCGGAGGAACAAGAUCCAUGACGGGAGAGACGGUGGCAUCUGUAUAUUCAACGGAGGAAGAGGGUUGUUAGAAGAAAAUGACAUCUUCAGAAAUGCUCAAGCAGGAGUCCUCAUUAGCACCAACAGCCACCCUAUCCUGCGGAAAAACAGAAUAUUUGACGGCUUCGCUGCAGGUAUUGAGAUCACCAAUCAUGCCACAGCGACCCUUGAGGGAAAUCAGAUCUUCAACAAUCGCUUCGGGGGAUUGUUUCUUGCAUCUGGUGUCAACGUUACAAUGAAAGGUACUCUCCUGCUCACAGAGCUCUGCAUUUUCCCGACAGACCAUUCAUUUUCCGUUAAUACAUUUUCUCCCGUCUCUCCUCCAGAUAAUAAAAUCAUGAACAAUCAAGAUGCCAUUGAAAAGGCUGUGAGCAGAGGUCAGUGCCUGUACAAGAUUUCAAGUUACACCAGCUACCCAAUGCACGAUUUUUACAGGUGUCACACCUGUAACACAACAGACCGCAACGCCAUCUGUGUGAACUGCAUCAAGAAGUGUCACCAAGGACAUGACGUGGAGUUCAUCAGGCACGAUAGAUUCUUCUGUGACUGUGGCGCAGGGACGCUGUCAAAUCCUUGCACGUUAGCUGGAGAGCCGACUCACGACACAGACACACUGUAUGACUCAGCUCCUCCUAUAGAGUCCAAUACACUGCAGCACAACUGAGCUCAAGCCCAGAGGUCACUUUGUGCUUCAGCGGUAAUGGACUUAAAGACACUUUACAUUGUGCAGUGGAGGAGGAAGUCCAAACUAAAAAUACAGAUUCGCUUUGACAGAGCAUAUACAGAGACUUUUAAAAAAAAAAAAAAAAAAUUAAAAGACUUGGACAUGAAUAUGCGAAAAGGAGACAUUUAGAAAAAACAAAAGUCUGAUUACGGAUGCCUCGCUUUUUCUUUUUCUUCAAUUAUUUGACAAAAAAAAGAUGACAUCAGUGGGAUGGAGCAAAAGAGCAGCUGACUCAGGGUUUGUGGGUGUGUGUUGGUUUGGUCAAGUAAGUGAAGCCGGCGAGAGAUGGACAAAAAGCCACCGAGGCUCGUCUGCUUUUAAGAAGACACCGCAGUCAUGUACAGACCCAUUGUGGACGGACACUCAAGUCAAGAAGAGGCACAACUGUUCUCAUGAGGAGGCAGAAGGCUCCGAAUUCAACAAUGCUUCCAUCACUGGGCAACCGACGUGCUCGUAUGAUAAUGUACGGGAAAAAUGACCUAGCACUUCAGCUUUUUUUUUUUUUUUCCCCCUCAAGACUGUUGAGAUUUGAUUUUAAUGCUUUUUGUGUAGUUUUGUAUUUUCAUGCAAAAAUCUUACUGUACUUGAAUGUCUUUAUUUUAUUAAAUGUGUUUCAAUUUUUUUUUUUAUUAUACCCUAGAAUUGCUGUUAUUAUACAUGUCACAGUAUGUAACUUCUUUCUGUGAAAGAGAUCAGAGAAAAGAGAGGAAAACACUAAAUAGUUUCUCCAGCAACGUUGGCUCAUUUCACAUUUGCAAUACAGAAAAAUAGAUGCUGAAUUGUGCUCUCACAAGACCUGCCUAGCUUUUUCUUUGUUUGGAAUAGCAUUUUUGAUGUUUGUGUUCAUAAGGGAGCUGAACAGCUGUGAUAUUUGUCUGUUGUACAUAAUCUAUGCAUAUUUUCUGUUUGUUUGUAUUGGCCUGUCACACAAAAACUAGUUUACAGGAAGGACUAACAAGACAGUUUUACUUGAGGCUUUAGUUGUAGCUUGUUUGUCCAGAUGAACCUGGGAUAUUCUAAUUAAGACAGCCAGUUACUUACCAAAUGAAACACAUUGAGGGUAUUAUAAUGCAUCUUUUUAGUUAAUUAUCCAAGAACAUUUGGAUGGUUUUAUCUUCCUUGGUACAUUGAUGUAUCUGUCAAGUAGAUUAUACAAUCUAUACACAUCUUGCCCUGCAUUAAAACAAUGAGCCUGCCUUUUCUUCAAUAAUGGGCACAAAUGCUGCAUCUUGGACUGUUAGAAUACACAGACUCCAUUUUUUUUAGUUUGAUUAAAAGGUCCAAGAAAGAAAAAAAAAAA